AUGGUACAGAUAGUCUGGGCGGACCCCGUCUUCGCGGCUCACAGAUUAUAUGAAUCCUGUAUCCCCGACGCCUUCGACAAUCCCUUCUUCUCCAUAACCCGAGUCUGGCGGCCCGCCCUCUCAGCCCUCAUCGCCUUCGCCUACGCGCUCUACAUCCUCGCCUACCCACCCAAAUACAAGAAACUCAGCAUCCUCACCCUCAGCAUCCCCGUCUGCUACGCCUUCUGCUACUCCCAGGACAUCGCGCCCAGCUUCACCGUCUGCGACACCUUCACGCGCUUCCUGUACAUCUGGCUCGCACAUGUCAGCCUCGAGGUCACCAUCCUCGAAUGGUCGCCGCCCGUGACUAAGGAGAAUCCCGGCACGUGGAAGACACGCAUCGCCAGCGCGUAUAAAGUCCUCUUCGCGCGCGAGAACCGCAGAGAUGUACUCAACAGCAAGUCCAAGCACGGCUACUCGCGCGCGCAAUUCGUCGGAAUCCACGCGAUGAAAGCAAUCGGGCUGUACAUCCUACAGAACGCGUGGUACACGUUUACAUGGUACUACCUGAUCCGCGAGCCAGUGCACGGCGCCGACAAGGCGAUAUUCUUCCGGCGGCUGCCCGAGUCGUUUAACGCGGACGAGCUGUGGGCGAGCUUCGAUAACGUGGUGCACUGGUGCGUUGUCAACAUGUUUCUGUACGAGGCGUAUCACAGCGUGUUUGCGGUGUUGUUUGUCGGCCUGGGGCUCGAUCAGCCGGCGGAGUGGAGCAUGAGUCUGUUCGGCCAUAUCAGCGAGGCGUACACGGUGCGCAGGUACUGGGGCAAGCACUGGCACAAUUACAUCUACGCGAGCUUCAAUGGACACACGCAGAUCGUGACGAGGAAGUGGCUGCGCAUGCGCAGGGGCAGGACGUCCACGCGCCUCGUGGAGAACACAAUGGUGUUUGCGAUGAGCGGGCUGAUGCACAGUGCCGUCCGGUUCGUGCAGGACCCCGGCGCGUCGGACUGCAUGGUCAUUACGCUGUGGUAUAUUGGGCAGAUGGUGCCGAUUGUCAUCGAGGGCAUUGUGGUCGUGUACUGGCAGGACUUGAAGGAGAAGUUUGAGGUCAAGGAGAACAAGUGGCUGACGAGGUUUGAGAGGACGGUGGGAUAUGUGUGGGUGAUUGGAUUUAAUAUGUGGAGUAUCACCAAGUACAUCCAUACCCGCAAUGAGUGGGCUCAGGUCGCGAUGAAGAGGCAGUAUGCGGAGGCUUUGGAGGCUUGGAACAUUACGCAGGCGAAUGCCAUGCAGGGACUGCAGGCGGUUGAGGGGAAGGUGGAGCUUUGA